AUGCCCGCUCGCGCGGCGCUCUGCUUCGGUUGUAUGGAGCAGGGCCAUGUGCGUGAGCGGUGCAAGAGCGCCGUCAACCGCAGCGAUAACUGCUAUCGCUGCGGUAUCCCCAGCCACCGCGCCAAACAAUGUAGGGCGGCAGCGGCACACUGUCCCGUGUGCGCUGAAGCGGGCAAGCCGGCCGGUCAUAAGACCGGCGGACCCGCAUGCAAGCCUUUAACGAGCAGGCAGAGAAGGAAGAGGAAGACCAACAGAAGGAAGAGGCAGCCCAGACCCAACCCAGAGGGGGAGACGGCGAAUGCCCCCCUCACCCCGGCGAAGGAUGAUGGGAAGGACCGACAGGUUCCCCCAUGGACGGCCGGAGUGAAGGCAAGGGAGGAGGUCAAGCCGGCCUUCUCCCCCACGCGGGAUGAGGACAACAUGGCGGUGGAGGCGGUCGAAGAUCGUACCCUGGACCCCGCCGCUCCUAUGGAGGAAGAGGCACUGCCGUAG